AUGGUCUUCAGCCAGAAGCUGCCUCGUACCUGGAGUGCCGGUUCUGACCGUACCCUCCACUCCCUGUUGCAGUACCUGGAGUGCCGGUUCGGCGUGCUGACCCGUGUCCUGUGCUCGCUGGCCUUCUCGGUCCAGAUGGUUCUCUACAUGGGCAUCGUGCUGUACGCGCCGGCCAUCGCGCUUAGCACCGUCACCGGGAUCAGCCUGUGGCUGUCCGUGCUGCUCGUCGGUCUCGUCUGCACGUUCUACUCGACUCUGGGCGGCAUGAAGGCGGUCCUGGUCACGGACGUGUUCCAGACGCUGCUGAUGUUCGCGGCCAUCUUCGCCGUCAUUGCUGUGGGCUGCGUGAAGAUGGGCGGCCCGGCCGAGGUCUGGAGGAUCGCCGACGACGGCGGUCGGAUCCAGUUCUUCAACUUCUCGCCGGACCCGACUGAGCGCCACACGGUGUGGUCGCUGGCGGUGGGCGGCAUCUUCAUCUACCUCAGCCUGUACGCGGUGAACCAGGCGCAGGUGCAGCGGCUGCUGACCAUCGGUCGGCUGCGCCGCUCGCAGCUGGCGCUCUGGCUGCAGUGGCCCAUCCUCACGCUGCUCAGCCUCAGCACCUCGUUCGCCGGCCUCGUCAUCUACGCCUUCUACCACGGCUGCGACCCGUUCCUCGCCGGCAAAGUGCAGCUUCCCGACCAGCUGCUGCCGCGGUUCGUGAUGGACACGAUGCGUGACAUCCCCGGCCUGCCCGGCCUCUUCGUGGCGGGCAUCUUCUCCGGCUCGCUCAGCACCGUCUCCUCGGCCGUCAACUCGUUGGCUGCCGUCACCGUCCACGACUAUGUCCGGAUGGUGCCGUGCUGGUCCCAGCAGCCGGAGGAGUGGGAGCUGCCGCUCACUAAGCUGCUCUCGCUCGGCUACGGCCUGCUCUGCCUGGCCGUGUCCUACGUCGUCUCCAAGCUGGGCAAGAGCGUGCUGACGGCGUCGCUGACCAUCUUCGGCGCCGUCGGCGGCCCGCUGCUUGGCGUCUUCACGCUCGGCAUGGCUGUGCCUUGCGCCAACCAGCGGGGCGCUGUGACGGGCCUGCUGCUGGGUCUGGCGCUUACCCUGUGGAUCGGCUUCGCACCCAAGCCCGCCCCGGUGGCUCUGCCCGUCUCCAGCGACCUGUGCUACAAUGGCACGCACGUGGCCGGCGUGGUGGUGCCCGACUACGAGGGCAUCGACGACGGCACCGACGACAACAGCACAGCCGUACUGCUCGGCACCGCCAGCCCGCUCCAAGCCAGUGAGAAGUACUUCUACCUGUACCGGAUCUCGUACAUGUGGAUCUCGAUGAUCGGGUUCGCGGUGACGUGCGCGGCGGGCGGCCUGGCGUCGCUGGUCGGCCCACGCGACCCCGCGGUGCCGCACAGCCUGCUCAGUCCUCCGGUCGCCUGGCUCCUCCGGCGCUGGGGCUCUCAGGAGCCGUCCCCCAGCCGGGCGAAGCUGAACAGCGACGCUCCGACGGUCGAGCUGGAGCUGUUCGAGGCCAAGACGCGGCUCUGACCUCUGACGCUGGUCUUGCCUGGCCUGACCUGACCUGACCUGACCUGAACUGACCCCACCCAG